UUAUGUUUGAUAUGGCGUCCUAUUUGACCAAAAUAAUAAACCUAUUUAUUAUGAAAUCGUAAAAACAUUUAAUGGAAAAGGUUUUUAUAAAUGCCGAUCGGAACGUGAAGUUUUGUUAGGCGCAUGUUAUCUAUGCAAAAUGGAGAACCAUUUACACGAAGUUCCUGUUAUUAGUUCAUUACAACCUUUACACAUUCAUCACCAGCAAAUAAACCAAGUAAUUAACCAACAUGUUCCCGUAGAUAUCCCUCAGCCAGUUGACACUGUAGAGUUAAAACCGAAACCAGCAAUAGUAGAUAAGAAAAAGAAAGAAGCUAUAGACGGGCAGGCCCGUGAAAUAAUAUUCAAAGUGAUCAAGUUCUUCGAGAGUGAAAAACAGAACAGGGGCUACGCGUUUCCUGUUGAAAAUGUUGUUAAACGCGCGUGUGCAGCCACUGGUCUAUCAGAGAGUACAAUAAAGCGUAUUAAACGGGAGGGUUUGCGGGCGGAAGCGACACAAACGAAAAUGACUGGACCAAAGAAGAAACGGAUAAGGAAAACAAAAGUACAACUAGAUUAUUACAAACUGUGCGCACUACGCGGUAUUGUUAAUAGCUACACGUCGCGUAAAGAAGUGCCUACGUUGGGCAAAAUAUUAGCUGCAGCGAAACACGAGUUGGAUUACAGGGGCGGUAAGGAGUCCUUACGACUAAUACUAUUGAAUAAAUUAGGUAUUAAGUUUAAGAAGUGUGAGAAGAAGAAAAAGCCGGAAGAACCGCCGCCGCAGUACCAACCGCCGCAGCAUGUUAUGCCACACUUACCUAUGGAUCAAAUGAAGGCAGAAAACCACUGUAUAUACACGAAUAUGAUGCCACAAGUACCAGUGUCUUAUUAGCACAUACUUGACUCUAGAAUUAACAGAGUAACAAAGGUUAGGUGAUGUAGGAAACUAGCCUAGCCUAAAUGCACUUAUUUUGAUGCUGAAAGCAACAGUAUUAUAAGUAAAAAUGUGUAGAUACACCAACCAACACAUUCAAUCUUCCAUUGAUCUUCAAACGGCACACUAAUGCACACAUAGAUAAUGUAAGAUAACAUUCUCAAAAAGAGACAUACUGAAGUAUAGCUAGCCACUUUUCAAUGUGCCAUUCCUUGAGCGAAUGACCUAUCUACACAUUUUUACUUAUAACAUUAUUGGCUAAAGAAUAGUUGUCAUAAUUGGCAUACUUGACAUAAGUCUUCAGCCCUUGAAUAUUAUUAGCAAUAUAAAACUUCACCUGUUAUUAUAUGAAACUAGCAGUGCGCCCGGGGGAGGCCGUAUAUUGAUGUAUGUGAUAAUAAAUAAUACAUAUACUUCUUUAGCUGGUCUAAAAGGGAAUCUUGUACAAUCUAAAAAUUUGGCUUUCUGGUAAAAGUGUAUUUUACAACAUAAUCUAUAUAAAAAUGGAACCCGUUUCGCGUUAUCAUGACAUCACAUGUAUAUUCCUUGAAGUACGAGGAUAGUUCUUAUGGAAAGAAAACAUAAACAUGUACCACGGGCGAAGCCGGGGCGUACCGCUAGUGUGUGUAUAAAAAAGAUUAAAAUGAUUUAAGACCCUUUUAUAUAUCCGCAAAAUUGGCCUUUUAGUAUUUUUAAAGAUAUUCGGGGAAUUAUGUUAUAAGUAAAAUGGGGUAGAUAGGUUACCAACACAACAUUUUAUCUUCGAAAACGGCACAAUAACGCACACACGAUUAUACGUCAAAGUGAGAUGGCAUGAUUCAACUGUUGUUAAAAAGAGACAACUGUAUUAUGGCCAAUUAGCCACAUUUCAAUGACCUAUCAAAACCUUUUUAAUUAUAACUGGUUAGAGGCAGUCAAAUACAGCUGCUUUCUGAUUGGCUGAAAUUUUGUGGGUACUAUGAUGUUCAAGGGAAAAACUAUUUUAUCACAAUAGCAAUAAGAUUGAUAAUGUAAAUAAGAUUAAGUAUAUUAUGAUGCACCUGUUUUGUACUUUUCUAGCAGAAUCGCAAUAAUUGUAAUAUAAGUAGUUUUGGAGGUAUACUAUGUGCAUAUUACUUAUAAUUGAAAUCUAAUAACCUAAUUAAUACAUAUUAUAUUAUUGUAUAAAAUUUUAUUAUUUACAUGUACCAUAUUUAGCUAGUAAUAUCUUAUUUCAGGCUAUUAAGAAUUAUUUUAUUUUAUUUUAAUUAUUUUAAGCUUGAAAACAAAAAUGUAUGAAAAACUUUGCUAUUUUAAAGAGAUCUGAUUUGAUGUAAUUACUUUAGAGCCUGAGAAUAGUUUAAAAUUUUCAUCUUUAUAAAAUGUGAUUUUUAAACGCGUCAAAGAAAGACAACACAACAUUCGAUCUUCAAAAACGGCAAGAGCUAGCGCGCAUGAGCAACUUUUGUCUCCGCAACUAUUUUGUCUCUACCAUCAACUCUGCUUGCUCAUGCGCGCUAGCUCUAACGCACACACGAUUAGGCGGAAAAGUGAGGUGGCAUGAUUCAAUAAAUGGUUGCUAAUUAGCCACAUUUAAACGAGCCGUUAAUAACCUAUCUACCUUGAAACAUGUCAUUGGGUAAAUCGAAAAAACAUCAGGAUAUAUUAUAUUAUGGGCUUUUUGUUACUAUUCUAGGCCGACUAAAGUAAUAAUAAUCUAAAUGCAAUAUAUCGAAUUCAAUAAUUUUAAUCCUAAAAUAUUCGAAUUACAUUUUAAUGUUUUUUUUAAUGCAAGUAUGUACCUAAUUUUGUAAUUUUUAAUGAGUUUCGUACAAGAACUCUAUUUCUGUCUUGCUCACUCGUAUUCUAUGUAAAGCCGAAAACCUAUGCGAGUGACAGAGACAGAUAUUGGUCAAUCAAUCGUAUCAAAAUAAGGUUCUUGUAUGAAAUUCAUUCUGUAACAAAAAUACUUUCUCACUCACACUUAUUUACAUUUUAUACUGUAAGAGACGAAUAUUGGUUUAUUGAUAUUUAUAAUUAAUAUGUUUAGACAGUGAUAUUUUAAAUAUUGACUUAAUGUGUAUAAUAAGGCUGAAUCCAUUAAUAGAUUAUUAUGUGAUGUAUUAUAUUUAUUUUUAAUGAAAUAUAGAAAUUGAGUUCA